AUGGACGAUCUACUUGUGAUUGUGCCGAUCGAGGAAGCCGUUAACAGCCUUGAAGAAAAGACUCGGCAAAUGGACGGAAAUGCUACUAUAUAUCACAAACUUAACGAAACACCAGUGCCACAAGGAACAGGCGCAAUUCACGCCCAAGCUAUUGCAAUAUUGCAAAGAUUUCUGAAAAAGUUCAGGGUGUUGAAACUUGAAACUUGUAUGGCCUAUUCAACCUAUUUUUUAAAACAGCUAGAAAAUUGGUGCGAUGCCCAUUUUACAGCAUAUGAGGUGGACCGAAAACCUGUGACACUUGAUGUAUCUCCGUGA